GGCGAAAGGGGAGGGCGUCUCCCUGGUUGCUGCGACGGUUCUUCACCCCCAUCCCUCCUUGGCAGGGACAUGAGGGAGAGGGCGUCAUCCAACCACACUAGAGGACCAACCCAACGAAUCCAGGUGGAGUACAGUAUGGCCCCAAGGAACCCCCAUGUGAAUACUUGCCUUUUUGCUGCUUGCCUCUGCCUUUGGAGAGGAAUGCUGGGCCACAGUUCCUUGGGACCCAAAGUGCUGGCAGAAUCUGUUCUGAAUUCUAAUGCCAUGUGCAUGACCUUGCCCUGGCUGAGCCGACGCCAGUUUGGACUCUGUGUACGCAGCCCAGAAGUGAUGGCUUCAGCCUUACAGGGCAUCCACCUGGCCCUCCACGAGUGCCAACACCAGUUGCAAGAGAGGCGCUGGGAUUGUUCGGACCUGAGUCGUGGGGGCACUGUGCUUCUUAACAGUGCCCUUCUGAAGAGAGGCUUCCGGGAAAGCGCCUUUGUCUUCUCCUUGCUAGCAGCUGGUGUGACCCAUGCAGUGGCAACUGCAUGCAGUCUGGGGGAACUACAAAGUUGUGGCUGUGCCAGACAAGGCACGGAGAACCAGAAACUGAAACUCAGCCAGCUGCAGUCUCUAAGCCGGGGCAAGAGCCCGCCCCCUAUGCCAUCCUCGUUGUGGGGACAGCCUAGCCCGCAGGACACCUGGGAAUGGGGUGGCUGCAGUGCAGACUUUGGAUAUGCCCAGAGGUUUGCCCGGCAUUUUUUGGACCCACGAAGAAAACCCCGUGAUGCCCAUGCUCGGAUGCAGCUACACAGUCACCGUGUGGGCAGAAAGGUGGUGUCAGAGCUGAGCAAGCGCAGGUGUAAAUGUCACGGCCCUUCUGGGAGCUGCCAGUUUCGGACAUGUUGGUUAGCAGCCCCUGAUUUUCGCCACGUGGGUUCCAUCUUACGGGAUCGAAUGGACCAUGCCACACUCUCACGGCUGGACAACAGAAACUCGGGAGCCUUUUGGCCACGACUCCACAGCUCCCACCUGGCCAAGCACCUCAUCUUCUAUGAAUCCUCCCCUGAUUUCUGUGAGCCAGAUCCGAGCCUAGGUUCCUCAGGCACCCACGGCCGCCCUUGCGUCAAGAGCAGCCCGCAGCCGAAUGGCUGUAGCAGCCUGUGCUGUGGGCGUGGCCACAACAUGCUGCAGGAGAUGCGAGCUCAGCGUUGCCAGUGCCGCUUCCAUUGGUGCUGCCAUGUGCAGUGUGAGGAGUGUCCUUCCACAGAGUGGGUUAGUGUCUGCAAAUGAAUAGGGAAGGCCUGACCCCUUACACCGUGCUCCAGCCAGCCAUGUGACAAGUGCCUGCUGCAAUAUCAGCCAUAGUGAUCAGAAGACGAACUUUGGGCUGCUGACCUGCUUUCGGUGGGUCCCUUGCUCCAUCCUGGAAACAUACCUCAUCCUUCCAAGAGAAGAAUUGCUUCCAAUAGAGGGUGAACAACAAGGAAGAACCCCUCAAAGAGAUAUUCUUUUUUUCUUCUCUUGACCGCCAGCUUGGUCCUAUCCCAGUUUAUUGCAAACUGCCCUAUAUGAUUUCAUGGGUGGAAAAUAGGCUUGAUCCUGUCCUGCCCUGCAGGAAGAAACAAACAGAACCAAAGUGGUACAAAUUCUAUAUCGGGCCUAGAUUUUUCACAGGCUAGAGUCAAGGAAGGGAGACAUGUUAAAACCAGCACAGUCCCGGAACCUCAAAAUUUCUUUUAUAUAAGGACUUGGAACAUUAAAGUUUUAGUUGGAGGUUGUUUGCUAUUUGCAGCUACCAUAGUAGGAGAAAUAGACUGUCAUUUGGGGGCAACAAUUAGCAGAUUUGCAAAAGUUGCAGUUGUUGCUAAUAGCACAGCCCACUGGCAAAAUUGAAUCUAGGGUGCUGUAUUGCAAGAUUAAUUUAUUAUUUUGCUCUUUUACUAAUCUAUAUUUGUAAAACUGUUUGUUAUAGUUAAUGGAGGGAAAUAUGGUCUCUAAUUUUAUCUGGGAAACCUACGUCUAUUUCUUUUGUCAAUCUGCAUAUGCUAUGUGCUUCCCCUCAGUAAACAUGAGUUCCCCAUCUCAAGCCCAUAUCUUCUGUUUGAUUAAAGAUUUCAGAGUCCAUUGGCC